AUGCAUCUUCGAAUCGAAGCCAGAGAGAGAGAGGAGAGAGAGAGAGAUGGUAAGAGCCCCUUCUAUGACAAAAGUGGACUGAAGAAAGGGGCAUGGAGUCCUGAAGAAGACGACACGUUAAGAGUCUAUAUUGAAGAACAUGGCCAUGUGAACUGGCGUUCGCUUCCCAAAUUUGCCGGUGCACUGAGAUGGACCAACUACCUUCGACCGGGUGUAAAACGGGGAAAUUACACUCAACAAGAAGACGAUUUGAUCCUCAAAUUGCAUGAAGAAUUUGGAAAUAAAUGGUCAAUGAUUGCAGCAAAAUUGCCUGGAAGAACAGACAAUGAAAUCAAAAAUCAUUGGAACACCCGCUUUAAGAAGCGAGCAAAGCAAAAUCCAACAUCAUCUCAAUUAGCCAAAGAGCAGCCUUGUAAGCACGAGUCUUCCCCAACUGUAACCAGCCAAAACACAGAAUUAGGAGCUCAAAGUGGUCCAAAAUUUGAUGCUUCUGUUCACCAAAUUUUGGAGAGCUCUCCCUUGUCUCCCGAAACAUUUUCCAGUGACUCCUCCUCCCUGAGCUCCAAUCAGGCAUCUGCAUCUACUACUACGAGUUGGUUUAAUGAAUCGAGUGGAGAUUUUUGGACCGAACCAUUUCAAUGUAUGUCCAAAGUGAUGCCAACAUGGCAAGAGAAUAUUGAUUAA